GAGUCUGGAGUCAAAUUCCUGAACACGUAGGAGCUCCUCACGUUGCUCCAACACGACGCACGGACGCAGGGACGCACGGACGCACGGGCGCAGCAAGUAACGGACCACUGAUCAACUGAUCGAUGACACACAGAUUUAUCCCGGCUAUCACUUCUACCACUACAGCACAUCAUCAUCGGGUGUUUUUCUUCCAUUUUUUACUCCCCCCCCCUACCACCACCACCAGAAACAUGACAUGAAGACUUCAUCUUUUCUCUCCAUUCCGCCUGUUCGUGCGCAUCUGGACCCACUUGUUUGCCGCAGAGGAGAAAUGUGACAAUCUGGAGCACAAGCGGCAAUACUUUGGGUCAGGAAAUGUUCAUUAUGGACAAAGGAGCGCGUGUAAAAAGCCGGUUUCACACGUUAGUCCGAAGCGAGGGAAAAAAAUAACAGCCUGGGUUCACUUUUCCACAACGGAAAUGAGAUCAGACCCAUUGCCUGGCUCCACUUCUUCUAAAACAUGGUCGAUGUGAGUCCAUGUAGAACCGGGAUCUGACUCAAAACAGCUUGUUGUUAAUGGAAAGAUGUUUGCUGGACUGAUGGGGCUUGAAUGUCACAGUAACUCUCUGCUUCACCACCGCCAAGCCAUGGAAGGUGGCAGAGCGUCGGGGACAGCUGGCAGCUCCGGUCGUAAGAGGCUCCACCGAAGACCAGGGUACAUGAGAGGAGAGCAGUCCAGACUACAGAGCACUGCUCAUGGGCAGGAGGAGGAGGAGGAGGAGGAGGAGGAGGAGGAGGAAGGGAGGACCACUUGCGUUAGGAAUGGAAAACCAGGACGCCACACUGACAUCACUGAGGCAACCAGCGCUCAGAGGAUGAGUCUAACUGCUGUCAAAGUGUCCUCAAAGACUCAGUCUGAUAAACUCACAUGUGGCUCCUGGAAGAGUAAGAGUUUUCUUUGCUCUGUUAGCCGUCCUCUUCCUCCUGUGGACUGCAGCGCCAUUAAUGGUGCAUCCAGUCCUCAGGGUCCGUCCUCUCUGCCACAGAAUGAACUCGUCGUCCAGUCCUCACCACAGGACUUUAACUCCAGCUUCAGUUUCAUCCAACAGUCUCUCAACUGCAGCCAGAGGACAGACACAACCACACCGUCCCGGGAACCACAACCACUAAAUCAGUCGACUAAAGCACCUUGUUCGCCUCGAACAAAACCAGCAGCUUUGUCCCUUGAGCACAAUAUCUUAAAGCAGUCCACUCCUGCCCAAUCACUGCCCUCCUCGGCCCCGGGCGGCCAGGCAGACAGAGAGGAACUGUCAUUAGGCGGGAGGUUUUGGCAGGAAUGUCUGUGGGGUGGCAGGGAGGUUACGUCCGACCUGCCUGACUGUGACUCUCUGGAUAUAGAGAUCACCUCCUCGCUGUCUGUGGACUCAGACACGGCCUCCGCCUCUUCUGUCACCUCCGGCUACGAGAGCGCCACGCCUGCCUCCGACCAGGCCUGGGACAACCUGGUGAAGAAGUACGAGGGUGUGCUGCAAGACUGCCUCCAAAACAACCGCACUCACACUAAGAUCGAGUCCAUGAUGUUGAGGCUGCAGAGACUCCAGCAGAAAGCCAUUCUGGAUGAUGACUAUGACGCAGCUGAGCGUUUUGGGAAAAAGCUGGAGGAGCUGUGCAGGGAGCGAGGCGCUCUGAAGCUCGGUUUACCCUCCACACAGCCCAGCGUGGCUCUGUUCCUGGAGCGUCUCAGACAGGUGGUUCACAGCGCCCUCCAGAGGGCAGACUGCAGUCAGUACAGGGAGGGUGUGGAGCCUGAUGCAGGGGACUCAUCGCAGGGUCCACUGCAUCGAAGAGAUCGUCUGAUUCAGGAGAAACGGCUGGUUGAGGAGGAGAUAGCAGAGCUGCAGCAGAGGCUGACGGAGCUGAAGGACCGCAGCCGGUGCUUGGAGCAGCAGAUCCAGCAGGAGGAGCAGCAGGUGGAAGCUGAGGAGCUGGAGGGCUCCGUGCUGAGGAGCUGCACCGUGGCCCAGCUCCGCGACAUGAGCCGCACCCUGCAGGACCUCGUCACCUCUGAAAACCGCACGCAGAUCUCCGUCUCUCCUCCGCCCUCCACGCUAAGACUCCAGGAGCAGGAGCAGGCACUGAAUCUGUCCAUCAAGGAAGCUACUGCUAAAGUGGUCAUGAGUCAGAGGCUGGGCAGCAGCCUGAGGAGGAAAGUCAGCGAGACUGAAACUCAGCUUUUGGCACUGCAUGAAGCCAAGCUGGCAGCCAUCUCAGGUAAUGACUUCAGCAGUGCCAAAGAGCUGAAGGAUGAGAUGAAGGCGGUGUACCUGGAGCGCGAUCGACUGGAGGCUCUGGCCAAGAGGCUGCACAGCCUCAGCUCGGGGAGCAGCCAGGAGCUGGCCAGGAUGAAGGAGCAGCAACAGCAGCUCAGGCAGGACUUGGAGCAGAAGGAGGCCCAGCACGAAAGCCGUCUGAAAGAGAACACGGCCAAGUAUAUCAAGCUACUGGAGGACAGAUUGCACAGCUGUGGCUGUCCAGGCCUGGAGCGGAUCUGGGAAGCCGACCUGGAAGCAUGUCACCUGUUCUUGCGUGGCCUCCAGUUGCGGACUCCCAGCUGCAGUGGAGCAGACAUUGAAGACCCCCCGACUGCAGCAGUUUAUCUUCCAACCCAGCCGUGCACCAAAGAAGAAGAAGAUUGCGCCAUGCUGACUGCGUUAGGAGGGCGCUGGUGUCCUGAGGCCAACUUACAGAACUCAGAGUUCACUAAGAAAUUGGAGGAGUUUUUGUUCUGCAUGGAGGAUAAUCACCCAGAGGAUGGGUGCAGCGAGGCUGAGGCUGCCGACCUGACCGAGCGCUGCGAGCUGAUCAGUGACAGACUAAUGACCUUGGAAGAUGAAUUGCAGACGGCCAUACUGAACCGGGAUCAGGCCCUCACUCAUAUCCUUUCACUGCUCUCUAAAUGUACACACAUCAUUGAAACUAUACUAUCUGUGUGUGUGUUUCUGCCUCCGUCCAUCCAUCUUAAGGACCCAGUUUUCCUCGAAUGCCUUCCAACUCUCAAAAGUACACAUCCAAACUACCUUUAGGCUGACUGAUGUUCUGUGACUUUACCUUUCGAGAAAAAAAUUUCAUCCUGCUUUAUCUGACAUUAUGGGUCCAUUCAGGGAGGGAAUUGAAGAUAAACUGGGAUCAGAGGAUUUUUCUUGACAGGCUGGACGUGCCAACUGGAAAAUGAAAAUGGUAAAAGUCCAAGCGAGGUUAUUAGAGGGUCCUUGAUGUGGGCUGCCAGUCACCACAGGCUGAGAUUAAAGUCGGCCGACAGGGGCAGCGCCGCAACAGAUAGAGCAAUGUCACUGUAAUGACUGUGCUCCCGUCAUAUCCUAAUGUCCAUGCUCCUGCUGACCCUCCCCUCCCCUCAGUCGCCCCUUCCUCCCCUCCCCUCACCUCCCCUCCCCUCCUCCGUCUGCCCACUUCCACUUGCUGGUAUCUGGCUGGGAGGAAAUUACAAUAUCCAUGAUAAUGACUCAAAUGAAACUGUUGAAGCUGAUUACAGGUCACAAUACAUCAUUUUCCGCGCUAAUUAGAAAGCUGAUUGGAAAUAGAUUAGUGUGUUUUUCUCGCUCCACUUUUCCCCUCUACACUGUGUGCUUAUUAAGACAGAUAGAAAAGGCAAUAUUUCAGCACGGGGUUGAAGAAAAUUUGCCACCUAACCUGCUGUUUAUCUAUUUAUUUAUUUAUUUAUUUAGUGUCACGCCUCAUUUCUCUUCUUUGAACACGAGCAGCCAGAAAUACUUUCCUAAUCUGAUGAAGAUGUUUAUUUAGUUUUAUUUAUUUACAGUGCAUCCUUUACUCUCGGUUGAAGUGGGGCUGGACUGUUUUCACAUCUGAUUAGAGAUUCAUGUCCCCCGCUGUGCUGUCAGGGGUCAGUGCGGGCUCCGUCGCUGUUUGCAUGAUAUCGAUGCAGCCUGGCAGUAGGAGAUAGACACAGAUUGGCCCGCCUCUCUCCACCUUUCUGUUUUUGUGUCCUUACACGUCAUUCAUUCCCAGCCUUUUGAAGUCGAUGGACACUUGAGGACACUGAAGAUGCAGGCCAAUAUUGUUGUUGGGUUGCAGAAAUUGAAACUCGGGAUGGCGCUGCUGUUGCUAUAGUGACGGGAAGAUCAGACCUUCAGUCUCUAGGGGUCUUAAUUGAGUCCCUGCUCUCAAUACAGGGAGGUGGAAUGGACGACCACAGAGACUGGAAUUUAAAAAAAAGAGUUGAAUGGGCAAAAUGUUGUCAGUCUCUGUGGUUUGUCUUUAAGGCCUCCAACAUAAUUCGGAUCGUCCCAUUUGGACCAUGUUGCCUUAAAAGUUUGGUCGAACCUUCUGCAGUAUUCAUGAAAAGCUCUUUAACGGCUGGUUAAUUAUGAAUGAGGACAAUCUGUGUCCAUUCAGACAGUAAAACGAGCCAUCAGGCCCCAUCUGCCAUCAAAGCCAUCCCUUUGAUUUGCCACUUAAGCCGGACACUCACACGAUUAAUUUGAGUUUCUAAGCAGGUUAAACAAUCCCCCCACUGAUGACAGCCUCUAUCCCGUUUCAUUGCUGGUUUAUGAAUAAUUUAGCUGGGCAGCCUGUUUGCUUGGGUCCCCACACUGCCACCCAGCUUCACAGACAAGAUGAGCUCAUGAAUACUGAAUUGGAUGGGGUUAAAUUGGGUAUGACUUGAUGAUCUGUCCCAGUAAUCCGUUUGGGGGCCAAAUUGGAGAUUGAUGGCUUCAUCAGGUUAUGGCUUUCCACUGUUGUUACCAUUAACCAUAGAGGGCCACAAGUGUCACAUUUGCCCUGAUAUUUGCCUGCUGGCACGCUCUUUUAUUUACACGUUAAUGUCCGACUCUCGGUUUGUGUCCGCAGCAUCGUAGUCUUCCUUAACCCACACUGCACAGUCGUUGGAGAAGGAGGUUCAGGAAGUCAAAACCACUCUACAAACCAUGCUCGCACAGCUCAAAGAGGAAGAAGAGGAGGAAGAGGAAGUGAGUGAGUUACAGGAUGAUGACCUCAUGAAAAAUGAGACUGAGGAAGAAGAAGAAGAGGAAGAGGAGGAAGAAGAGGACCAGUACUUCAGUGACAGCUGGGGCAUUUGAAAUGGAUGCUAGUAGUGUUUUAUGACCACUCACACACAGACCGACUCUCUAAGAGCCUGACCUCAGCUUUGCAAUAGGAGUGACCCCAUAUCCAUUUACUGUAAAGCCUCACUCAAAGGGCUUUGCAACCAGCCUCUUUGGUACUGCUGAAAGUUUCCAGUACAAAGCCUUAGAAAGUCUGUGUAACAUUUUAUACAUCCACAACUGGGAAAACAUAUGAAGGAUUUUGAUAUGAAUGCAAAAUAUAAGACACUUUAAUGAAAUUGUUCCUCAAAUCUUGCCAGCUGAAGUUUAACCAGGUAAAAAGUGCCUUAGGCCACAAAGCGGAAAUACUGAUUAUUUUUUCAAUGAAGAUGUUUUUGGAUGCAGUUUUUUUUAUGUCAUGUCAUACUAGUGCUGAGCAAUCACGUGAAAUUUUUGUGAUUAUUUGGUUAUUUGAAGAGUUUAAGUUCAGAUUUGUGGCAAGUAAGAAAUGAUCAGCCUCAAAGUGAGACUGUGUAACUUCGACUGAACAACAGCAACUUGUGGCCACUAGUGAAAGUUAAUGAAUUAUGGUAAAUGGUAAAACAUAUGUAACAGUAGAAAAAGAGGAGUUAACUGACUCAGUAAUGUCUGUUUGGUGUUUGCUUAGAUUAGCUAACAUUAGUUAGCUGUAUCACCAAAAUCCCAGAGUGUAUCAAAUUUAUCAAGGGUGUUAUAAUGUGUUAUUUAUUCUUCCAAAAGUCUCACUUUAAAAUUAACGACAAAAACAGUAAGAUAGCAAGCCUGAAAUCAAACUGACGUCGAAAAAUCACCAAUCGCUCACGGCAGCCACCUGUUUGAAUUUUGACCGGGGACCAAAUAGACAAUCCAAACAUCUUUUACUGGUAACAGUCUUGCACAUAAACGAAAACGUAUGCUUCAUUUUUAGCUAGCCACUUUUGUGUGUGGUUUUUUGUACGAUUGGACUUCAGUUACGUGUAAUUUUGUCCAUGAAAUAACUCAUUGUGGUGCUACAGAAUGUGAGCUAACUUGAACACUUUAUUCUUUUCUUUGUGUGGAAAAUGCAAUAUUUAGAUUUUAUUUCCCUCCCUGUCUUAAAGCAGCGUAUGCUUGUAGAGAUGCUCUGUAUUUUAAAAUACAUGUUUCUUAUUGUAGGAAAUAUUGAAGGAUAAAACAUCAGUGGACUCAUAAGAUAUUUGCAACUGCUGUCUGUUGUGUUUGUUUGCCACUGAUAACGUGUUGUUUUAAUUUUAUUUUAUCUGAAUAUUUUUGUUCAUUCCACUGGGUGUCACUUGACUUUUUUUUUUUUGCCAGAAACAUUUUUUGUACUUUCACCUAUUAAUCAGUUUUUAAUUUACUGUGCAGCUUGAACUUGCUGUAUCAUAUUUUAUAUUUAUUCCUUGCAGCAUCUCACUAAUUACAGCAUGUACCAUAAAGUCUAA